AUGCAGCAACCCUUUAAGAAGGAAAUCCUAAGUCAGCAAGAAUUGCAGAGCGCUGAAAAUUUGUUAUGGAAAAUUGUUCAGCUAGAUGCGUACACAGAUGAGAUCACCAUUUUGCAGAAAAACGAGCGAUUGCCCAUUGAUGAACACCAAACGGUGGACAAAUCAAGUGCGCUUUUUAAAUUGACGUCGACACUGGAUGAUCAGGGAAUUUUGCGCGUUGAUGGGCGCAUAGGUGCUCUACAGGUAGCUUCGGCAGAUCAAAAAUGUCCCAUCAUACUGCCAAGGCAUCAUCGGGUGACAUUCUUGGUUGUGGAUAGCUAUCAUCGAAAGUAUCUACAUGCCAAUUCUGAGACGGUGGUCAACGAAGUGCGCCAAUGUUUCUAUGUGCCACGGCUGCGAGUGCUGGUAAAAACCGUAGUCAACCGGUGUCUGUGGUGCAAAAUACAAAAGGCUCGACCAUCCGUUCCUAGAAUGGCACCCCUACCUGCGGCAAGACUGUCCCCUUUUAUUCGACCAUUCAGCUAUGUUGGCUUGGACUACUUUGGUCCUAUCGCCGUGAAAGUGGGUCGUGCGAACGCUAAGAGAUGGAUCGCACUUUUUACUUGCCUCACAGUGCGGGCCGUACAUGUUGAGGUAGCCUUCGACUUAUCUACGAAGAGCUGUAUCUGCUGCAUCCGACGCUUCAUAGGCACACGAGGUGCCCCGAUCGAGAUCUACUCCGAUAAUGGGAGAAAUUUCAUCGGAGCCGAGCGCAUCCUGAAGGAUCAGGUUAGACGGAUUCAUGAGGAUUCAGCAGUUGUCUUCACCAACGUCGACACAAAGUGGAUAUUCAUACCACCUUCCGCUCCUCACAUGGGUGGUUCCUGGGAGCGGUUAGUAAGGUCUGUCAAAAUUGCAAUGAGCAGCCUUCCCCAAGAGCAAAAGUUGGACGAUGAACCACUGUAUACCGUAGCAGUGGAAGCUGAAGCUAUCGUGAACGCACGUCCAUUGACUUAUUUGCCAUUAGACGCGGCUGAACAAGAAGCGCUUACGCCAAACCACUUUUUGCUCGGGUCUUCAAGUGGCGUAAAACAUCCGACCGUGAAGACGAGAGAUCAUUCUUCAGCAGUAGGCAGCACGUGA